AUGUUGUCAUUGGUGGCACGUCAAGCAAUCCGUCACAGCUCAGUUCCAGCGCCAAGUCGGAACGUGAACCCAAAAUAUACGCAGCUCUUCAUCAACAAUGAUUUUGUGAACGCGAAGAGCGGCAAGACGUUUGAGACAUUCAACCCGGCGACGGGGGGCAAAAUAGCUGAUGUGGCCGAGGCUGAUAAAGCCGAUGUGAACGCCGCCGUAAAGGCAGCUCAACAAGCUUUCCGACUUGGGGCUCCAUGGCGUCGAAUGGACGCCGCUCAAAGGGGAAUUCUUCUCAAUCGGCUCGCCGACUUGAUGGAACGAGAUCGCCAAAUUCUGGCCUCACUCGAAACUCUUGACAACGGAAAGCCAUAUGCUGUUGCUUAUGCGGCUGACUUGGGACUUUCGAUUGCUUGUUUGAGAUAUUACGCUGGUUGGGCCGAUAAAAACCACGGAAAAACGAUUCCGAUUGCCGGUGAUCAUUUCACAUACACUCGACACGAGCCCGUUGGAGUUUGUGGGCAAAUCAUUCCGUGGAAUUUCCCUCUUCUCAUGCAAGCCUGGAAACUCGGCCCAGCGCUGGCAAUGGGAAAUACCGUCGUGAUGAAGGUGGCUGAGCAAACGCCCCUCUCGGCUCUCCAUGUCGCAUCUUUGAUCAAAGAGGCUGGUUUUCCGGAGGGUGUUGUGAACAUUUUGCCUGGCUUUGGACCGACAGCUGGUGGAGCGAUUGCAGCUCAUAUGGGAAUCGAUAAGUUGGCUUUCACUGGAUCAACCGAUGUCGGUCGUAUCGUGAUGAAGUCAGCCGCCGAGAGCAACAUUAAGAAGGUCACCCUGGAGUUGGGCGGAAAAUCACCGAAUAUCAUCUUCGCUGAUGCGGAUCUGGACGAUGCCGUCAAACAGGCCCACCACGGACUUUUCUUCAAUCAGGGACAGUGUUGCUGUGCGGGAAGUCGGACUUUCGUAGAAGGAAAGGUAUACGAUGAGUUCAUCGCUCGAAGCAAGGAAUUGGCUCAAAAGCGCGUUGUCGGUGAUCCGUUCGAUCUGAAGACCGAUCAAGGACCACAGAUUGAUGAAAACCAAGUGAACACCAUUCUCAAGUACAUCGACAUUGGAAAGAAAGAAGGAGCUCAACUGGUUUACGGUGGAAAGAAAGUUGGUGAGAAGGGGCAUUUCGUCGAGCCGACAAUCUUCGCCAAUGUUCGCGAUGAUAUGAAGAUUGCUCAGGAAGAGAUCUUUGGCCCGGUGAUGUCGGUGAUUCGUUUCGAUUCGAUGGAGGAUCUCGUCGAGAAAGCGAACAACACAAUUUACGGAUUGGCGGCCGCCGUCGUAACAAAGGACAUCGAUCGAGCUCUCUAUGUGGCCAAUAAUAUUCGAGCUGGAUCGGUUUGGGUUAACUGCUACGAUGUGUUUGAUGCGGCGGCUCCGUUUGGUGGAUACAAACAAUCUGGAAUCGGUCGUGAACUCGGUGAAUAUGGUCUUGAAGCAUACACUGAAGUGAAAACGGUCACCAUCAAGGUCCCACAGAAGAAUUCU